GGACAAUAAUUGUUUGAUCAGUCCUCAGCUUCAUUGCCCACGCAUUUUUCCAGUUCGUUGUUUUCGGUAUUGAAAAUUAUGGCUUACUUGCUAUUUGUACUGCUGAUCCUUAUGCCCAUAAGCUUCGGAAUCUGGAACCUCGUUUGCCUGGUUAAAAACUACAGAAUUGCUCAGAAGAUUGGAAUUCCCAUCAGGAUCCUCAUUGCCAGCGGUGAUAACCCAGUAGUGAGUCCCAGAUAACCGUUUCUCGAAUCUGCAAAUUUCUCUAUUCACCCCUUAGCAACAGACAUCCGCUGAUAUGUUGAUGAUAGUGGAUUCUCGUAUCAGGUAUCGUGCUUCCUAUUGUAAGGGCUGUGUUCGGCGAAUGUGACAUCGCCAAAUAUAGCGAGCCGGGCUGGGAAUUCAAAGAUAAGUACAAAAUGCACCAAGAGCUUGGCGAUGCAGUGAUUCAUGUAUCAGCUGGGCACAAUUGGUUAUAUCUUUGCGAUUCCAACGCGGUGAAUGAAGUUUUCAAAAGAAAGGAUGACUUUGAUAGACCUCCGGAUUUGCUGGGUAAGAGAAAUAUCACGUUGUCAUGCUGCGAUAAGUUAACAACUUUUCUAGCGGUGCUAGCGGUUUUUGGGCCUAAUAUCUCAACAGUGCGUGAAGAUGGUCCUGGAAUAAUGAACUAAUAAGGUUAACACGAUUUUAGGCAGUAGGCCCAGAUUGGCAGCGUCAGCGCAAAAUCACCAGCGCACCAUUUAAUGACCAGAACAACCGUCUAGUCUGGAUUGAGGCGUUGAGACAGGCAGACGAGAUUUUGCAAUUCUGGAAGUCUCUAGAAGAACCUGUCACCCGGACAGAUAAAGAUACCCGCACGUUCUCGCUCCAUGUACUGUCCGGGGCUGGAUUUGGGAAAUCAUACUCGUUCGAGAGAUCGACCGAGCAGCCCAAGCAAGGGCAUACCUUUAACUACAGAGACUCACUCGCUAUCGUCUUGGAAAACUGCCUUCUCAUUCUUGUGCUCGGUCCUAAACUUCUCUCUAAAUUGCCAUGGCCGCCAAAGUGGGAGCGAGUUGGGCGAGCAACAGUUGACUUCAAGUAUUAUAUGACAGAGAUGCUCAAUGAUGAAAAGCUUGCUAUUUCACAAGGGAAAACCAGAAGCGCAACUUUUACCAAUUCUUUACUUCGAGCUUCCAAAGAACAGUCUCAGUUAUCAUCAGACGGCUCAAUUUCAAAUGUCACAAAUGGCUUUCAGGGACUCACAGAAGAGGAAAUAUAUGGAAAUAUCUUUGUUUAUAAUUUUGCUGGGCACGAUACGACUGCCAUUGUACUCAAUUGGACACUUUAUCUUCUUGCGGCUCACCCCGAAGUUCAAGACUGGAUUUCCGAAGAGAUUAACGCUGUUCUAACGAACGACAUGCCAUCAACAUGGGACUUUAAGGAAAUAUACCCCAAGUUGAACCGGUGUCUUGCUAUAAUGGUGAACAAUCUCUCUCUUGGAAGGUGGAAAACGUGAUGCUGAUAGUGAGUGUGUGUAAUAGGUAGAGACUGUGCGACUCUGGAAUCCAUUGAUCGGUAUCUGCAAAUCUACCUUCGAAAAACCACAACCGCUUAUAAUUGAUGGCCGAACGAUCAUCAUUCCACCAGAUACGCGCAUUAUUCCUAAUAGCAAUGCACUGCACUCGCAUCCACGAUACUGGGGUGAAAAUAGUCUCGAAUGGCAGUAAGUUUAACCCAAUUUUAUUCUCGGAUCCCAAACUUCACUUCUAUGUUUUUUAUAAGCAUCCUCUCGAUUUUCUUCCGGAGCUUCAGUUCUUUAAUGUCCUCCCCUUCUCUCCCCCCGCCCAAACAUGGCUCCUUCUCUCUCUUCUAUUUGCUUGAUAAGCAACCCUGACUUCCUGAAUUUAUAGUCCCCAGCGUUGGAUCCUAUCCCAAACCGAAAAUACGAACACAUCACCGCUUGAACGAGAAUAUAUUCGUACCCCACCUAAAGGAUCAUACCAGCCAUGGUCAACAGGAAUCCGAGCAUGUCCAGGUAUGAAGUUUAGCCAAGUAGAAUUCGUCGCAGCGAUGGUUGCUUUAUUCAAGAGAAAUCGGGUAGAGAUUGUACGCGAGGAGGGCGAAACAGAGGAAGAAGCAAAGGAGAGAGUUAUGAAUGUGGUUAGGGAUAAUGUUGUCGUUUUGUUGUUGCAGAUGAGAAGUCCUGAGAAGGUGGGCUUGAGAUGGGUGGGUAGAGCUUAGAUGGUUUGUAAUUAGUCUUCAUUGAUACCU